UACGAACUCUCGAUGGAAAAGGUUCCCGGCGGCUGUCAACGACGCUGUCGCGGAAAAUCGUCGUGGAAAAUCGUCGCGUGAAAACUUUCGAAACGGCGCCGCGCUCAUUUCGGGACGGGGAGUCCUUUAAAGUGACACGUGGACGUUUCGAAACGUGGGAAUACCAAUCCUAUUCGCUACGCGAUCCCCCAGUGACGAGUGGUUGUGAUAGAUCCCUUCCCGCGAGUGUGAUACGAUGGCCAACACCGGAGGGAUGUUCGUCGAGCCGCCGUGGAUCGACGUAUCGAGCGCGAUCGACACGGCGGAGUGAGUUCGACGGUUAGGUACCCUCGCUGGAUAUUCUCCGCGGACUCCGUAGAUCGCUGGUGCGUGUGCGGCGCGUUCGGGAUUAAGAGGUGUCGUGAUCGACGGCUGGGUAUCGCGGAAGUAACGUCACGUGCCGUGCGGGGAAGUGCACGUGGCUGUGUCGCGAAUUGGUUGCACAGAGAGCAACGGGUGCUGUCUGUCGCGCUGGAUCGAAAGUAGAUCCCCAAGUGGCCAGAAGAGCCGCUCGAGGUUCGAUAAUUGGAGAACGGAUACGGGGCGGAAGAAGCGGUUCGGGAAACGCGGCGAAUCAACGUCGAAUUAUCGGACGUCUCCGAGGGAAGAUCUAGAUAGUUGGGGAGGCCGGAUGACAUCCUCCGCGCAGGAGAUAAUUAAUUUCCCGUGCUAAUUAGUCGCGAAGGAACUGGACGAAUGAAGGGUGGACGGUUUGAUCGGCAGAUUUGCUGAUUAAACUCGUUGCUGGAUGGCCCGGAAGGAUCUCGGUGAAAGGGCAGGCUAAUGAGGCGAGGAGACCCUGAAAGUUUCCCGCAAGAAUACGGACGUUAAGCGACUCUGUCUAACCGUUCCUGGACGAGGGAUUCAAAGGGUUGAGAGGAGAACCUUGGUUAACCUAGAGAAAUGCAAAAUAGGCAUACUCCUCCAGGCCAUUUCCGACGAAAGAGUUCUGUUUAAACUCGGGACCAAGAUCCUCCGACUGCUGGGCUCUCUGUUAGCGGUCCUUCGGUGAAGUGGGUCGGUGGUGUUUGUAUGGGGAGGAUCGGUGCGUACGAAGAGGAGGUCCCAUCGUCAAAUGCGGUAGCUACGAUGAGAGGAUCCAGGUUACAGGCGAGGAGUGUUGCUUCGAUCGAGGAAUCGUGCUCCAGGUGUGGACGGUGUUCAAACAAAAUGUGGCUCACGCUAUUGCUGCUCUGCUCACUGCUGAGGACAGGGGCGUCCAUUAAAAUAGUGAGGCUCGAGGUGCCGAGUAUAGCGGACCCUAGGUGGGACAAAGUGACUCUGAGGUGCGAGUAUGACCUGGACGACAAGGAUCUCUAUUCGGUGAAGUGGUACAAGGACGGUGCCGAAUUCUUCAGAUACAUGCCCGGCUCGACGCCACCGGGCAGGGACUUCCCCGUCGAGGGUGUGUACGUCGAUGUAAAUAAGAGCGACAGCAAACAAGUCACGCUCUUAGGACAGCCGAAUAAUCGCAGAGGUAAGGUGAACCUCGUGGGAUCCUACGGCUGCGAGGUGUCCUCGGAGGCACCGAGCUUCCUGACAAGCUACGAGGCGGCGAACAUGAGCGUCGCCAUCUUACCGAACGAGCGACCCAGUCUCAAAGGACUUCGACCAUCCUACGAGGCUGGCGAAAUCCUCCGCGUGGAAUGCGCCUCAGCGCCCAGCUAUCCCGCGGCGAUGCUCGCUUUCAUCCUCAACGGGAAGGAGGUGAACGCAGAGUUAACCAACGAGCUACCAACCGUUGAGUCCGCGGAAGACAACAUCGUGACAGCGAGCCGUCUGGGUCUGUCGUUGCGUUUGGAACGAUAUCAUUUCCCUGGGGGCACUUUGAGUCUAACCUGUCAGUCCACGUUACCGGAUAUCAAGGAUGCCAGAGCGUUGGACAGGACAGAAACCGCGACCCUGGCUGCCAGCAAUCAGCGACUCGCUCAGGAACCGCCCAGAUCCGGUUCCAGCUUCAACAUUCCCCUAUUAUCAACCAUCAUCUGCUGUUUAAUUGUGAACCUUCGAUCGGUAUGUCACGGGAGCUUAAAACUUCCGCACGAUUAGUCGCCGAAUAUUCUCGAUUGCCGAUUAAACUCGUUCAAUUAUUGUGAUUGUUUUCCCGAGAGAUCCGCGCCUCUUGUGAGGGACACUCGCGAAUUGGCAGGGCACGAUGUUAUUAGGGAUGAACUACGAAACUUUGCAGGUUGGUAGACAUGUCAAGAUGUGGGAUAAGGUUUUAUUUCAUUCGAGUCUGAGGGAUGAGGGUAUCCUUUAGGUCAGAGCUUUGGAAUCGAGACUGUGGUCUCAGGUGGCGCCACGGAAAGAUGGCGCUGUGGUCUCUAGUGGCGCCACGGAAAGAUGGCGCUGUGGUCUCAGGUGGUGCCACGGAAAGAUGGCGCUGUGGUCUCAGGUGGCGCUGAGGUCUCCAGUGGCGCCACGGGAAGAUGGCGCUGAGGUCUCUAGUGGCGGCACUGACAGAAGCGUCUCUAUUCAUUAUUUGUUAUUAUCAAGCUGUAACAUUUAAUUUCUUUACUUCUCAAAGCCAAAUGCAUUCGCUUAACCUCUUGAAUUACCAAAGCUAAAAAGUUCCCUGUUCAUUGUUUUUAGCUAGUCUACCAACCUGCAGAGUAUCGUUUAUACCUGUUUCACACGGUUCCGUGACUGUUUCUCGUUGUCCAGCUAAAAGCUCGAUUCAUGGUGUCGCGAAAUUGUUAAAUUUCGAUUCGCUCGUUCAGUUUUCGCCAUCGGGCCAGACCGUUUUCCCGUUUGUGUGUCGAAUUUUUAUUUUCCAUGAAUUUUAUUGCGAACCGCUCGCGCAACCCGUGGGUCGUUCUUCAAAGUAUUCAGAGCUCGUAGCGUGAAACGUCGAUUACGCGAGGAUUUCGAGGGGAUUAAAUGUUUGCGUGCGUAUACGUACACGCUGACACACACAGAGACACAGAGACACAGAGACACGAAAACAGACAAAGACACAAGAACGCACACCAAAGAUAUCACUCUGCGCGCGCGCGAGCGUCACGAGAGAACAAAGAACAAACACUAUAGCAAUAUAAUUUAAUUGAAGCAAGCCGCUCGAGAUACGGCGUGAUGUAAAUAGUGUAUGAUUGUGAAUUAGAUUUACGAACUAUCGCGUGUAAUUAAGGGGAAACGACAAACACGGUGAAAGUACAGAGGAAUCGUUGGAACGAAGAAAACCACGAACAUGACCGUUUGGUCCAAGUUUUGCGUGUACAAUGGCGAGCUAAAGAGAUUGCUCCUGGAUGAAAGUCAAUGAUUAAGUUUUUUGUAAUGAUUUUUUUUAUCGUAUCAUAAACAACACUCGUUGCAGUAGCUGAGAAGGAUCAGAGUUUGUUGAAAAGAUUAUUCCUUCACUUAUGUAAUAAGAUUUUGUGUCACAUAGGUUAAUGACUUAUUAUCAUAAAAGUAUAUUUUAUUUUAAUAACAUCCAGGGACAAUCUUUACAGUUCUGUGCAGUACACGUAUUCACGUGAACGCGCCGAGUGAAGAGACCCGAUUGAAACAAGAAACAUAAAUCUGAGUCAAAACAAAAAGCACUGGAACCAUUGAUUCACAUUUAUGGCGUUAAAAUGAUUGUAUUUUUCUCUCGGCAAUCUUUUUUGGUGGCGUAUAAGAAUUUAUAUAUAUAUAUAUAUAUACAUACAUACAUAUAUAUGUAUACACGAUAAAUUGGUCGUAUUUACGUUUUACUGUAAUUUUACAUGAUCCAUAUCUGAUCGUUACGAUACGUUUCAAACAAUAAAGAGGAAUAUGAGGCA